GCAAUCUUCCAUGCAGAUCCUUUCCUCUUCAUUCUUCAAUUAUAAGCGCCCCCAUGGCCAUCUCCCUAUCGCUUUCCACUCUCCACAGAUCUUAAACAAAGAAGUUUGCACUCAAGCCAGGGGAUCAUGGGUCGUGGAGUCAGUUUUGGUGGGGGGCAGAGUUCUCUUGGCUAUCUUUUUGGUAGUGGUGAGCCUCCAAAGCCUACUAUUAACAAUGCUGAGGCUCCUCUGAAUCAGGGGCCAGCUGUUAGUGCUGGAACUCCACAGAAAUCGGUUGCACCUGCAGAUGCUACCAAACAGAUACCAGCUGGGGUACCCGGGAGCAAAAUAAAUAACUACUUCCGCGCUGAUGGUCAGAACUGUGGGAACUUCCUUACGGAUCGUCCUUCAACCAAGGUCCAUGCUGCACCAGGUGGAGGGUCCUCCCUGGAUUACCUGUUUGGAGGUAGUGGCAGCAGCAAGUAGUGCCUAGUUCAUUUCUAAGAUGCCAAUUUCUACCUAUUUGUACUUUAGACAAUCCAAAAUUUGAAUUGUCAAUAACUUGAUUCUUGGUUUGGCAGUGUGAAUUUCCUGUUGUAAAUCGACAAAUUGUUGAUGAUCUUUCCAUAUAUAAUAUUUGCAUAUCUCUUAAA